AUGGCAUUUAGCAGUAUGCCCAUCUUCCUCCCUACUAUUCUAACCCACAUGGGACAUUCCGCCUCCACCUCCCAAGCCCUCUCCGCACCCCCCUAUCUCCUCUCCUUCCUCUCCGUCCUCCUCACCUCCUACCUCUCCGAUAAACUCCGCUCUCGCUCUCCCUUCCUCAUCUUCCACGCUCUGCUCUCUUCCCUCGGCUACACCCUCCUCACUCUCCCUCCCCACUUCCUAUCCCCCACUCUCCGCUACCUCGCCAUCUAUCCUGCGUGCGUGGGAUUUUUCUCCGUCAUCACAAUCCUCAUCACCUGGACCCUAAAUAAUCAACCCUCGUCUUCGAGACAAGGGACGGGAUUCGCGGUCAUGCAGAUCGUGGGGCAGUGUGGGCCGCUGGUCGGCACGAGAUUGUAUCCUGAAUCGCAAGCGCCGUUUUAUAGAGAGGGCAUGGGCGUGUGUGCGGGGGUCAUGUUGAUAGUAGCGGGUUUGGGACUAGGCUUGAGAUGGUGGUUGGGGAGGGAAAAUGAGAGGAGUGGGGGAAAAUAUGGGAGGGUGAGUGGUGAGGAGGGGGAGGGGGAGGGGGAGGGGGAGAGAGGGGCAAAUGAAGAGGAGAGGGGUUUGGUGGGGAAUGAGAAUGGGAAGGGGAAGGGGAAGGGGAGGGGAGGGAAAACGGCGUUUUUGUAUAUGUUGUGA